AUGGGCACUUCGACGACUCAGAAGCGGAUUACGACUUCUGGCGCCGGCGCGGCCUACUUCAAACCGGCGCCGUCUGAGAUUCUGUAUGGACGCAUGCGCUUCCUGAUCACAGAUCGACCAAGUGAUAGCUCAAUCAAUUCGUUCAUAGAGGAACUCGACAAGCACUCAGCUCGUGCAGUAGUGCGCGUUUGUGAGCCAACAUACGCCACUAAGCCCUUACGAGAUCAUGGGAUCGAUGUGUUGGACUGGGAGUUUUCGGACGGCUCGCCACCACCUCCUGAGGUGAUUCGAGACUGGCUACAAUUGGUGCGUGCGUCUUUCCGCGACCACCCGGAGCAUUGUAUUGCGGUACACUGCGUUGCAGGACUAGGUCGUGCACCGGUUCUAGUCGCACUUGCACUUAUUGAGGCCGGCAUGAAGUAUGAGGAUGCUGUUGAACUUAUUCGCAGACAAAGACGGGGUGCUUUGAACCAAAAACAGCUCAAUUUUCUCGAAAAGUAUAAGCCGACUGGUGAACUUCGUAAGCUACGAUAUUCUGUUGAUGGAAAACAAAAGUCGUGUGUUAUUAUGUAG